AUGGACUUAGACGCUCCAGUUCCCAUGUCGGGGCUGCAGCAGGACGCGCCUAUCGCUGCGACUAUUCUUUGCUGCAACUGUGGUGCUCCCAUUGAUGGAACCACUUCUGCUGGAGCGCUGUGCCAGGACUGUUUGAAGCUGAAUGUCGAUGUUUCCCAAGGUAUUCAGCGUGAGUCGACCCUCCAUGCCUGCAGGGACUGCGAGCGAUGGCUCCAGCCCCCCACCAGCUGGGUCAGCGCAGCCCCCGAAUCGAAAGAACUACUUGCGGUCUGUUUGCGCCGUCUUCGUGGCUUGUCGAAAGUUCGCAUUAUCGACGCCAACUUCAUCUGGACCGAACCGCACUCGAGACGUAUCAAGGUUAAGAUCACGAUCCAACAGGAGGCCUUCCAGGGUACAAUUAUCCAACAAGCGUUUGAGGUGGAAUACGUCGUGGCCUCGCAACAAUGUCCUGACUGUCAAAAGUCCUACACCCACAACACAUGGCGAGCAGCAGUCCAGGUUCGACAGAAAGUGCCUCAUAAGCGUACUUUCCUGUACCUGGAGCAGCUUAUCCUGAAGAACGGCGCCCACAGGGAAACGGUCAACAUCAAAGAAGCCAAGGAUGGUCUUGAUUUCUACUUUGCCCAGCGAAACCACGCCGAGAAGAUGGUGGACUUCUUGGCCUCUGUCGUCCCUUGCAGGUCUCAGAAGUCACAGGAGCUUAUUUCUAUGGAUAUCCACACCAGCACGAAAUCGUACAAGUUCACCUUCUCCAUCGAAAUUGUCCCUAUCUGCAAGGACGACAUCGUCGCACUCCCCAUCAAGCUUGCGCGCCAGCUAGGAAACAUCUCGCCCCUUACUCUCUGCUACCGUGUCGGAAACUCUCUCAAUAUGAUGGACCCUACCACCCUCCAAACCGCCGAUGUCCCCACCAACACGUACUGGCGGGCUCCGUUCAGGACUCUUGCUGAUGUGACCGAGCUCAAGGAGUUUAUCAUCCUGGAUAUCGAGCCUACCGGCCAGUCCAAUGGCAAGUGGCAAUUAGCCGAGGCCACCGUCGCGCGCGCCUCGGAUCUAGGCUCCAACGACAUCACCUACUUCACCCGGACACACCUUGGCGGCAUCCUGCACGUCGGUGACUCUGUGCUCGGCUACCAUCUCGCCGGAUCUAUCUUCAACGAUGAUAACUACGAGGCUAUUGAGUCCAGCCACCAGUACGGUUCCACCCUGCCGGACGUUGUUCUCGUCAAGAAGUUCUACGCCCGCAAGAAGCCCAAGAGCCGUGCCUGGCGUGUCAAGCGUAUGGCGAAGGAGUAUGAGGAAGAGGCUCUUGCUGGCGCUGCUACUCAGCAAACCCGCCGCCAGGAGCAGGAGGCCAACCGCCUCGAGGAGGACUUUGAGAUGUUCUUGCGUGAUGUCGAAGAAGACCAAGAGCUACGGCAGACUAUGGAUCUUUACAAGGUUCGACAACAGCGCCAAGCCGAUGCCAUGGAAGAGGAGGAAGAUGGCCAGGAGAGUGAUAAUGAAGCCCCGCGUAUUAACAUGGAGGAGCUGCUUGAUGACUUUGAUGAGCUGAAUAUGAAUGAAGAAUGA